AUGGACUUCGUCAGCAUCCAGCAGUUGGGCUCCCCAGCCGCUGAAACAUGGGGCUGGGGGCCGGGGGAGGAAGAAAAGAAUGGACCAUUGUUUGGUGGGUUCUGCCCUAAGCACAGCACCGGACGGAGUGAGCAGCAGUCAGCCCCCGGGCCUUGGGCGCUGCUGCAGGUGGUGAGAGCCAGCGACAAGCACCGGGUGGAGAGAGUCGAAAGGAAAGAAUUGGGACGUGGACAUGGAGUGUCUGAUCCUGGAGGCUGGCCCCAGGAGGCUGAGGCCCGGGAGAGGCAGGAACUGGACGAGGAGAGGAGGAGACAUGAAAGAUUCAGCAGUCCCAGAGCUAACUCGGAGAGCCUGGCUGACCUGGAAACGUUGGUUCGAAGACGGACAGAAAAGUGACUGAAACGCAGAGUCCCCUGGCCCGCCAGGGCACCCGAGCCUGAGGUCAAGCCGCAGACCCUGGCCCAGCUGGAGCCCGGGGACCUGGAGGCGUUCCUGAAGGCAGCUGCUGAGAACCAGGAAGCCCUGACUGACAAGUAUCUGACAGACGGAGAGGACCCCAAUGCCCACGACAAGCUCCACCACACGGCCUGGCACUGGGCCUGUCCGAAGGGUCACAGCCAGCUUGUGAACAAGCUGCUGGAGGCGGGUGCCACCGUGGACGCUCGGGACUUGCCAGACGGGACCCCUGUGUUCUGGGCCUGCCGUGGAGGGCACCUGGACAUCUUCAAACAGCUGCUUAACCGGGGCGCCCGGGUCAAUGCCCGGGACCAGGGGAGGGCACAGGCUGUGGGGCGGCCCGAUGCUCUUCCUGGGGUUGGGACACGGCCUUGCCAGCUUGGAAUGACACUGAGCCUCACCACUCCCUUAGAUCUGGGGCAUGCCCCUGCACAUGGCCGUGUGCACCGCGACUGCCUGCAGCACCUCGUCGCCUGCAGGGCCUGCGCUGACGCACAGGACAAGGUAGGGGACACGGCUCUACACGAGGAGGUGCAGCCCGGCCACUACAGAGCUGUGAAGGUGCUGCUGCUCUACGGGGCCGGGCUGGCCUGAGGAUGCGGUGAGUGCAAGCGAGCUUCAGUGACCCCAGUGUAGCUGGCCCAGGACUGGCAGUGGGGCAUCUGGGAAGCACUGCAGGUCCACGUGGGGCACCCCCGUACCCAGUGCUGACAACAGCCGAUCCUUGGGGCCACUCGCAGCCACCAUUCCAUCCCGUCAUCUCCACCCCCGUGCCACUCACGUGUCUCACCUGCUUGAUCUUCCCUCCGUCAUGACUCCCCGCUCAGGGCUGAUUCCGUGCCUCCAGGCAGCCCUGUCAGACCAGCCUCCCUGGCUUUCUGUCCCAGGCUGAGCCGGUCCCCGCCGGGGUGCAAGCUGGGGGCUGACACAGAGGACCCGGGGGUGGCAGGUGGGUGCAGGAAACAAAGUGGGUCCAGAUGAGGGGCAGUGGAGGAGUGUGGGGGCCCAGGACGGAGCAGCACGGGGACAGCCUCGAGCUCCCUGGGGCCUGUGCCAGGGCUCCUCGGUGCCCACUGGUUCUCGGUCCAGGAGGUGGCUAGGCUCUGCCCUGCACCAGGGCCCUCCUGCCACCAGGUGGUGACUCGGUGCAUGGCCAGCAGCAGAUGCUCUUGGGCGCAGGUUUCUCCAGGGGCCUCCGUGCCUGGAGGGUCUGGCCGUCUGGAGGGGGCUGCUGGACGGCUUUGAGCACCCCUGCACAGAAGGCCAGCCCCAGCCUGCUUGCCUCAGAAGCCCCAAGGCCGACGAGCUGGAGCUGUUUAUUUUAGGGAAACCUUGUGCCCUCUGUCGAAGGCUUCGGACAGGCCUGCCCGCUGCCCUCUGGUUGGCCAUCUGGUGGCUCCCCUUGUAGGGGGACAUGCCCGGGUGCUGGGGAUUGCUGGCGGCCCACUCAACUUUUGGGGCGGUGGCCUGUAACCCUACUCCGCCUCCGGCACUGACGUCACCCCGGCCCUGGUACUAAAGUGCGUGCUCUCACGUGGCCCCUGCAGCCGCGGCCGUGCUGCUCCACCCUAACCCUCGGAGGCAGGACGUGGAGGGCUCUGAGCUCACCUGCUCCUUUCCCUCCUCCACCGACUGGGGGUGGCCCGAGGCCCCACCUCCACACGCUCCCCUAAAGCUUCCCCCGCUCACUGUCCUUUCCUGGUCACGCUGCAUUGGUGCAGACCUGUGCUGUACUGCUGGCGGGCAAGGUCCUUACAUGCCAGAAGGUGAAUCUUAGAAUAGCUCUGCCCUAAACUGAGAACCACAGGCAGAGGGUGGGGCUCCAAGAUGAAGGUUAGCCUCCCUCACGUAAGGAACCUGGGUUGAUAUCCAUUUUGCAGCAGUUACUUUUAGUCUAACUGGUGGCCUUCUCAGGCCAAGGACAAGGCAAUUUCUAUUCUAUGAAAAAGCUGACAAGAGCUCCCAACAGGGGCCACACGCCUUCCCCUCACAUGGGCACCUCCUGCCCUGUCCUGACAGAGCCCCGUGCACCCAGACGCUGGGGCCAUGGGAGAAACAGGCGUUCAAGUCCAUGGACAAGACACUUCCCAUCUAGGAAAUUGGGACACUUAAGUGACAGACAAAAAUACCUUUUUAUACG